GCGCGGGCCGCAUCACAACAACAUAACGCACACCGACUGAAGUGUGGUUAGCUCAUAAAGACGGGCAGGGCCAAAAUAUAUGAAGCUCUCGCAUGCUGAACUCUGAUCCGCGGAUCGGUUUACAUCCUUGCUCCCAAGCAGCCGUCCAAUUUUAGCACGGAAUCUAAGAAAAUGUCUUUUCCAAGGUGUUGAGCGGGUCGAACUGGGGUGCUGCUGCCGGGUCGUCUGUACAGUGACGCUUUCAAGGACAUCGGGACGUGCAAAUAGUUGGGGAUUGGGACCUUCAGUCGAUACACGUUAAAGUAAAGCUGCAAACCACGUAAUAUUGAAUACCUGAUUGAACGAUGGGGAAUUUAAAAAGCAAACAUACUCGUUACGAGGUAUCGACUCCACCGAAGAGUGAGCUAGAGCGGCGGGGACGAGGGGAGGGCGUGAACCGGUCUCGUAGGGAUGAUUUCUACGCACGUAGGUCCGGCCUGAAACCCCACCCUGAGAGUGCAGUGUCUCCUGAAGACAGAAACUUACAAGUUCCACCAAAGGGAAAGCGUAUUCUUCAUGUAAAAGAUGUGGAUUUGUGCAUCAAGCAGAACACCUACGACCAUAUCACGGACAAGUACGAGCUGACAGAGGAGCGGGAAGAGGACGGGAAGAAGAUCAAACCAAAUCUAGUCAUCCGACGUGGAAAACCUUUCGAUAUCGUGGUUAAAUUUGAUCGAGCUUUCGAAAAAGAAAAAGAUGACUUGAAAAUUAUACUUGAAGUGGGUCCCAGACCGCUUCCAAGCCGAGGGACAUCAGUGGUGAUCGUCCUCUCUGACGAGGACAAGCCGAACCAAUGGGGGGCUAUGAUCAAAGAGGUGAACGGUAAAGACGUCACCUUGAGAAUCUUCACCCCUGGGAACUGUAUCGUGGGGAAAUGGACGCUUAAACUGGAGUUUAAGUUGCUGAAGGACGCUGGUACUGGCAAACCCGAAGAGGAAGUGAAGAAGUAUAGAUAUGUCCACGAGGACCCGAUCUACAUGUUGUUCAACCCCUGGUGCCCUGAUGAUAUCUGUUACCUGGAGGAUGAAACCCUCAUCCUGGAAUACGUGUUAAAUGACAUGGGCAAGAUUUAUGCCGGGAACUAUAAACAGAUCGGGUCAAAACCUUGGACAUUCGGCCAGUUUGAAGACUUCGUCCUGGAUUGUGCGUUCUACGUCCUUGACAAGGCUGAACUUCCGUACAGAAGCAGAAACAACCCCGUGGGUGUCGUCAGGAAAAUCAGUGCAAUUACCAACUCUCUGGACGACGACGGAAUUCUGGUGGGUAACUGGUCCGGCGACUACUCUGGCGGCACUGCACCCACUGCCUGGGUGGGGAGCGUCGCCAUCUUGGAGGAGUACUGGAAGACGAAGCAGCCCGUCAAGUUCGGCCAGUGUUGGGUGUUCUCCGGGGUCGUCACCACGCUAUGCAGGGCUCUGGGCAUACCAUGUCGCAGCGUCACCAACUUUGCAUCCGCCCACGACGUGGACGCCACUAUCACAAUCGAUAUGUAUUGGACCUCAGACGGCAAGCCGAUGGAGGACGCCAACUUCGACUCCAUUUGGAACUUUCACGUUUGGAAUGACGUGUGGAUGGCUCGCCCCGAUCUUCCCCCAGGGUAUAGUGGCUGGCAGGCCAUCGAUGCCACACCCCAGGAGACCAGCGACGGUAUCUAUUGUUCUGGCCCUUGUUCGGUGAACGCUUUACGUGACGGCGUAAUCACUCUGCCAUAUGACGGUCCUUUCAUCUUUGCCGAAGUGAACGCAGACAAGGUUCAUUAUAUUCAAAAGUCAAAUGGAGAAUUUAGGAGCGUCAUUCAGAAAGACAUUGUUGGCAAGCGUAUUAGUACUCGGCUACCAGACGGUUUUGCAAGGCGUGCGGUGGUUGGAAGUAUCAUAGAUGAUCCCGACAGGCACGACAUCACAUCCCAGUAUAAGCACACAGAAGGUACUGCAGAGGAGAGGGCUGCACUGAUGAAAGCCAUCUCGACCUCCACAAGACAAGAUAUAUACGAUGACGUUGGCGACGAUGUGAAAUUCAACUUUGUGGACAAAGAUGACAUAUUCAUUGGUUCAGACUUUGACGUCGAGGUCAAGGUGACAAACACAAGCGACGAGGAGAGGAAUGUCACCAUCACCCUGUCUGCCACGGUGUGCAGAUAUACAGGCGUGCCAGUGGCGCAGCUGAAAAACGAACAGUUCCAAAUAAAACUGGAACCUAAAUCUGAACAAAACGUGAAGAUGGCGUGUACUGUAGACGAGUACCUUCCAAAACUGGUGGAGGGAGCAUCCAUGAAGAUAGGUGGUAUGGCCUGGGUGAAGGAGACUGGACAGGUCCAUGCAGACCUCGACGACUUCCGUCUAAGAAGACCUGAUCUCAAAGUAGAGGCGAAAUGCCUUGACGAUUCUGGAAUUUUCAGAGUUGGAGUACCAUUCGAUCUGGUGGUUUCUUUAACCAAUCCUCUUAACAAACAGCUGACGAAGUGCGAGUGGUUUAUUGAAGGACCUGGACUGCAGAAACCUAAGAGGAUAAAACACGCGUCGGAUGUGGCAGCAAAUGCCCUCGUUGACCUCACGUAUCAGAUGACCCCCCGCCGUACCGGCACUCGCCAAAUAGCAGUCGGUUUCGACACCGUGGAGCUCCCUGACAUCACCGGUAGCGCCAUCAUAGAGGUCAAACCUGCUGCUUAACAAGGAAUUGCAAUAAAAAAAACUAAGAUUACUAAAAAUAUAAACAACUACAUACUAAAAAAGAACUUUGAGAUUUAGUGUAAAGGCUGUUUGCUUAUGUUUUUUUCCAAAAUGCCCUGCCAGCAUGCUGUAUAGGCUGUGUUCUUUCAUGGUGUCACAUGAAAAAAAUAAAUAAAAAGAUUCAAACACAUUAACAGGAGACAAUUUCUGGUCCAGUUGCAGAAGUUCGACAUUGUCACCAUCUUGUGCUGGACCCUUCACAAGUGCGAACAGAAAAAUAUUACGUAGAUAUUUUUGUUCCCUUAAUUCCUUAGAAAAUGCGUUUUCAUAAAUCGACGGUAGGGUCACAACAACGUUGUUCUAGCCAUAAUGGGCACUUUUAAAUGAGCAUGGAGGCCUCAGGAGGGGUGCCUUCCCUCUAGAAUCUGAUGGAACAGCAUACGCAAUAAAUCAAUGCAAUACUUUUAACAUAUUAGUUAGAGAGCAAUGUGAUAGCGUAGUUAUGCAUAUUAUUGAAGAGCUGACCAAAAAGUUAUUUUUGGAAACUAAACUGGCUUUUAUCAGCCUUUGGUGCGAGUCCCGUUCCAUGUAAUCCUUGUUUUAAUGACGUACGUGUCAUCAUGAACAUCGAUGACCCAAGCAAAACAUAAAAAUAAGGGAAAUUUCAGAGGAUGGGGAUAACUUUUCGUCUUCUCAUCGGUAGCUUUUAUCAUAGUUUCUUUUUCACCAAUAUUAUUCGUUUGCCUCUGUGCAAUGCAAGGAAAAUUUCUACUAAAGAAGGCAGCCAUAUAUUGGUUAUAUUUCGUAUCUCUAUUGGAAACAGCAAAGUCUAUGAAUGUAACCAUAUGGAGUAAAACUAGGAUUUGUUUUGAAAAAUGUAUUAUACUAAGUGCAUGCUACACAUAUAAUGCAACUUUUUUAUAAGUAUGUACAUGUAUGUAGGAGGAUUUGUAGGUUUUAUAUGAGCAGGUACCACAUUUUCUAAGUACCAGAAAUUGUGCAAGUUUUAAAGAAAUGCAUAAGCACUAGAGUCUCGAUUAGAUUAUUUAAAUACUUCAAAGCUUUAAGUUGCUUAAAAACCAGCCAAUUGCCAUAGGGUUAUAAAGUUGGGAAAAUUUUGUCUAGCAAACUAGGCGGCCAGUGUGUUUUAAAGGUGCCAAAUAGACAUUAGAUAUGCAACUGUCAGAUAACCGUGCAUAUAUAUCACAUUAUAGUUACAUUGGACAGUGGAUUUAUACGUCUUCAGUAUAUUGAUUUGAUAUUAUUGUACGUUUUUAUACAAUUCAAUAGGUACUUAGCUCUUAUGGUAGAUAAGAUGUAGUUGAUAAGUAUAAAAAAAGGAACACGCAGUGCCAUAUACCUUAAACAGAGCCAUCCUUAAGAACAUGGCCUUAUUUCGCACUUGUCGGUCCUUAAUGAGAUCACAUAUAAAGAUCCGUCAAAAAAGAUGAUAAAUAAAGCUUAACAAAAAUGA